ACGCUGUUCAAUUGUGCUCAUUUAUAGACGUUCUCAAUAGCCAUUUAAAUUAUGGUGGUUUUACUCACUUUUUUGUCUCUUUUACGAGGUUAUGCUUUUUUUCCUAGAGCAUCUCUUACAUCAUAUGCAAACCGGAUGUAAAUUAGACGAUGACGCAAUGUAGCGACUUUUAGAAUAGCCAAUAGCUACGUUUCUUACUGAAAAGUUGGCAACAGUUAAGGAGACACGGAUCAUUCGCCUACUCUCACGUCAUCGGACCGUACCCUGGCUACCAUCUUCGACCACUUGGAUCCGGGGACGAUAUGCUGCAGCUGGGCGAUGAGGUUUCGCUCUACACCGUCGUCUUCGUGGUGGUUCUGCUGGCCACCCGUAGUCCGGUGUGGUCCAGUGUCCUGACGGGCGUCCUCUAUCUCUUCCUGGCCAUGUUUCGCUUCCCGCAGCUUCCGGCCAGCCGAGCCCGCCAAGUGCUUCACCCGGCCGGGUCUGGCAAGGUGUCGGUGGUAGCCCACCGGGGCGGCGGACACGACGCACCAGAGAACACUAUCGCAGCUAUCCGACAGGCAAGCAAGAACGGGGCCACAGGAGUAGAACUGGACCUGGAGUUCUCUGCAGAUGGAGUUCCAAUCCUGAUGCAUGACGAGAGUGUGGAUCGGACCACAAACGGAUCAGGACCCCUCAGUCAAAUAAGAUUUGCUGACUUGGGGAAGCUGGAUGCAGCUGCUAAACAUCGACUCAGGGACAGGUUUGCUGGGGAGAAGAUCCCAACACUGGCGCAGGCUGUGGAAGAAUGCCUCAAACUACAGCUCACCAUAUACUUUGACGUGAAAGGCCAUCCAGACAAGGCAGCUGCAGCUCUUUCAGCUUUGCAUAAGAAGCACCCAGUCCUGUACAACAGCAGUAUCGUCUGCUCCUUCGAGCCCAAGGUCAUCUACAAGAUGAGGCAGACUGACCCACAAGUAGUCACUGCGUUGACCCACAGGCCAUGGAGCCUGAGUCGCUUUGGAGAUGGCUCCCCGCGUUACUCGUCACCAUGGAAACACCACUGGCUGACGCUAAUGGACAUUGCAUUGGAUUGGGCGCACCAUCACGUGCUGUGGAGGCUCUGUGGCAUUUCGGCCUUCCUGGUGCAGAAGAACUUUGUCUCGCCGGACUAUGUGCAAUACUGGAGCCAGAGAGGGGUGGAGGUGGUCGCCUGGACGGUGAACACAGGAGUGGAGAAGCAACACUACCAAGAGCUGCUGAAAGUCAGCUACAUCACAGACAGCCUUGUGGAGGACUGUGAACCUCACUACUGACACUCCCACCACACUGGUGCCAUUCUUUUAAUAUGCACAACAUGACUUUGUGCUUGUAAUAAACAUGUGAUCAUAGCCAGGGUGGCAGACAAUAUCUCCCACUUGGCCAGCAGCAGCAAUAAAGGUAGCCAAAUGUCUACAGUGAAACCUCAAAUCAAUACUUAGGUUUGAGUGGACAUAUUUCAAUUGUUUAUAAUUGCAAUUUUUCAAUAUAACCCUUCCUAUACACACCAGAAACGACUUUAAAAAGUAUUUUCACCUGACUGCAGGAAUGUUGCCUCAGGAAGCUACUUCCUCACAGUGUUUGACAAACCACUUGUAAUGUGUUUGUACAGAUGUCCUCUUGAGAACAGUUGCUGUUCUGCUUAAGCUGAUAAAUGGACCUACAAUACAAACACCUUUCUGACGUAACACUCAGACUAUUGUUCUUGGCUUGUGGCCUCAGGUGAGUGACCCACAUAGUAGAGCUAAUCGUGGUGGAUCUCACUCUGGAUAAGCCUGUCUGAGCCGCUUCUCGACGAGGCUACACUUUAGCGUCAGUGCAAAGACUGACCCACAGAUGAUCCUCGUUUCCUCCAGUUAAUCUGGGAAAUGACCUACUGUGUGUUUAUACAGUGUAUGUAUAUGCUGUAUAUAUUGUGGAAAACAAAUGUCUGCAUGUUGAUAAAUAAAUGUUAUAAUAUACUCGUA